UGUCUGUCUGGUGGUGCGUUUGCGCCUCCUGUCUUGAAAGAGAGGUGAAGAGGAGUUUACUUUCCAGAGUUUAAGGCUUGGUUUCGGUGUUUGCCUGGAGUAAAGGGUUUGCUAAGGCAGAAAGCCCCUCUUCACGGAGCCAAGAUGCUAAACAUGUGGAAGGUUAGGGAGUUGGUCGACAAAGCAACCAACGUGGUGAUGAACUAUUCAGAGGUGGAAUCUAAAGUCAGAGAGGCCACGAAUGACGACCCCUGGGGACCAUCAGGACAGUUGAUGGGAGAAAUUUCCAGAGCCACAUUCAUGUACGAGCAGUUCCCAGAGGUGAUGAACAUGCUGUGGGCCCGCAUGCUGAGAGAUAACAAGAAGAACUGGAGGAGAGUCUAUAAGUCCCUUCUGCUGCUGUCCCAUCUAAUCAAGAAUGGAUCAGAGAGGGUUGUUACCAGCGCUAGAGAACAUCUGUAUGACCUGAGAUCUUUGGAAAGCUACCACUUUGUCGAUGAGAACGGGAAGGACCAAGGUGUGAAUGUGCGUCAGAAGGUGAAGGAGCUUGUGGAGUUUGUGCAGGACGAUGACAGGCUCAGGGAAGAACGGAAAAAAGCAAAGAAAAACAAAGACAAAUACGUUGGGAUAAAUUCAGAUAGUGUGGGAUACCGCAGCUACUCGGGGGACAGGUACGACACCAGUGACAGCCGACGAGAUAAGUGGGACGAUGACUGGGGAAACAAAGGACAAUUUCCCUUCAGUGAGAAGUUGGGCGAGAUUAGUGACAAAAUUGGCAGCACCAUUGAUGAUACCAUUAACAGAUUCAGGAAGAAGGACAGAGAUGACUCGCCAGAUCGAUUUAGUGACAAUGAGGAUGACCGGGGUCGCUCGUCUCACAACGGCCAGUCAGCUAAAGACUUUAAAGAUGAAGAGGAGACCGUAACCACCAAGAGUGUACACAUAGUCCAAGCAACAGAGACCACAGCAACACGGAAGAGAGGAGGGGUCCCAUCCAAGAUAAUAGACAUGGGGGCUGCUGCCAACUACACAGGGGACAAAAGCCCAAGCACCACCACUAAACAGCCCCAACCAGCAGCCGCUCAGCCUGCCAGCACCGCCCUAGCUGACUUACUUAUGGUGGACACGACACCAACCAAGCCCCCUGCCACAGACCUGAUCAGUGGGUUUGCUGACUUCUCGUCGCCUGCUGCUUCCGUCGGCCUCUCCUCAGGAACUGCAGCACCAGCCUCAAGUAGCAAUGGAGACUUUGGAGAGUGGAAUGCCUUCCCUGGAGGUCAGAUGCCAGCAUCUGCCCAGACUGUUGACAACAGUGGAAACGACCUUUUUGGAAGCAUGACAGCGGGUCCUGCAUUGGCCCCUGCUCCCGCCCCUGUCUCAGCUGCAAGCACUGCUCCUCCCUCAGCAGACCUGUUUGACCUGAUGGGGCCUACGCAGACCCUAACCGCCUCCCAGAGCCUCAACUUUAGCAUGAGCAGCACACAAAGCAUGAGCUCCACGGGCCUGCCCCAGUCUAUGUCACAGCCUCUUCAGACCAUGGGUGGUCCUCUACAACCACAGUCUGCCAUGCCCCUCCAGCCGCUGCAGCCUGGAAUGGCCUCUCAAGGUCUUGGAGCCAAAGGGUCCCUCCCCUCUACCUGGUCAGACCCCUCAGUUAACAUCAGCCUGGACUUCCUAGGUCCAGGCGCACAGCCACCCAAGCAGAGCCAGCCCUCACUCAACACCCUCCAACAAGGCAACCAAGCACCUGCCAACAUGCUCUCCCAGGGAUUUUCCAGUAUGAGCAUUGGACCUACAACAGUCAGACCGCCUGUAAAUCCUAUGAUGCAUCCUGGUGCUGGCAUGGGAAUGGGCAUGGGAAUGGGGAUGGCCCCCAACCAGGGCAUGAUGGGGAUGGGGAUGGGAAUGGGCAUGAACAUGGGGAUGCCACAGGGGGCUAUGACCAUGGGGAUGCCACAGGGAGCUAUGACCAUGGGCAUGCCUGCUGCUAUGGGAAUGGGGAUGAACCCUUCAGUGGUCCAACAGCCCAAACCGGAUGCCUUUGCUGACUUCGCCAACUUUGGGAAGUGAUGGAGCUGGAGAGCGAAGAUAAUGCGGUGGAGCGGUAUCAGCCUCUCUCUCUCCGUCCAUUGGUGAAGGAUUGUUAAGAGCUGCAAACAAAGAGUACUUGAAUAAUCUCAACUAUCACAUACCAACACCCUGCAAUCUCCUUGAUUUUUUUAAGUAAUGCUGUGUAGUGAUACAGAUCUAAAUGAAUGUGUGUUUGUGUUGUGUUUGAACCAAUGAUCUGUCCGCUCUGGGGUUAUGGUCAGACACACACUGAUGACUGUCUGCCUCGUCGGUUACUCAUAAGUCAGUGAGAGGAGGAAAGAGUGAAUGUCGGGGAUUUGCUUUAUAACCUCAAUCAAGUCAAAUCACCAGAAUAGCAAAAAACCUAUCAGUAGCUGCAGAAUGAUUUUUGAGAUGUAUUCUCAGUAACUUUACUGGAUGAUUACUUUGAAUAACAUGAUCAGCCAUUUUAACUUUCUAAUGUGCAUCUAAGAAUGUCAAGUUACCUCUUUUUUUUGUUCCUGCUCUUCCUAUGACUUGUAAAUAGAAAUCUGAAGCCCUUACAGAUAAGUUAUGAAGUUCUGUUAUGAGAAGAAGUUACGGUGUGAAGAGUUUAAUCCUGAAGACCAAAUCUGAGAUGAAUUAAGAUCUAUAAUUAAGCACAGUGACACCUUCUCUUUGUACAUAUGUGUCCACACACUCCAGAUGUGGCCUGUCAGUGCUGCAGUUCAUGACUGAGUGUUUGGAGGAAGUUGAUUGAUUAAUAUAAGGAGCUUCUCCUUGAAAUGAC